GCCACGCAUUUAAUGCUUUGCUGGAGUGAGAAGCCUGGGAAACGGAAUUGGUGAAAAAUACGAUGCUUUUUGCCGGGAAAUUCCAGGGGUCAAUUCUUGUAAGGAGUAAAAUAGAGAAAGGAUGGCAAUGGAUGUCAGCUGGCACAAAGUGUAAACAGAAGUCUCCACUAACCAUUGGACAGAAUGCCAAGAAAGUGCCCAUGUUGGGGUUUAGAUCUCUUCACCACGUUGUCAGGGCGCCGCCUCCUCGAUCUACCCCGCCCACCGUUCAUCAGCUUCUUAGAGAAUCUAUUCAGAGGGUCCGCAACCAUGUCCAAGGGUCUGUCUUCAAGAACCAGAGUAGAGCAAAAGGAUUAUGGAAGCCUUCACAGACAUUAGCCUUUGGUGUUGGUGCUGGUGUAGCUCUUCAUACGGGAUGGUCUAAGAUGAACAGGGCAGAAUGCAAAGUGAAAGCGAACGGAGCCACAAGGCUCCUGGAGGUGAAGAAGGGAUCCGAUCUGGAGACCAAUAAUGGGGAGCAUUUCUGGGAGGUGCUGAGAUUCUUGAGGGAGGAUGUUUGGUAUCUCCUAGCAGCCGUCGCGAGUGCCAUGCUAGCAGCCUUCAUCAAUGUUCAAAUCCCCCUCCUACUGGGUGACCUUGUACAGGUCGUGUCAGAGUUCACAGUCAGAGAGCAUGCUGGGAACUACCUCGAUGCUGUUACAAGACCAGCCCUCCGACUCAUAUCGGCCUAUGGCAUCCAGGCGGUGUGUACAUGUGGCUACAUUGCCAUUCUAUCUUCCGUUGGGGAGCAACUUGCUACCAGGCUCAGGACGGCUCUCUUUACCUCUCUACUCAAACAAGAUAUAGCCUUCUUUGAUAUACACCAUACAGGGGAACUGGUUAACAGAUUAUCGGCUGAUGUUCAGGAUUUCAAGAGUUCCUUCAAGUUAUGCAUCUCUCAGGGCCUAAGAGGAACAACACAAAUAGCUGGUUCAGUGGUGUGUAUGUAUGGACUCUCACCCAAGCUGACUGGUGUACUGGUGAUCACUUUACCAAUCAUAGUGCUAGCUGGUGCUGCCAUUGGUGCUGUAUUGAGGAAGCUAGCCAGGGAUGCCCAAGAACAGACGUCGAGGGCAAUGUCUGUGGCAGACGAAGCCCUGGCUAACAUGAGAACUGUCCGGGCUUUUGCAAUGGAGGAGCAGGAGGCUGCCCUCUUCAGUCAGGAGUUGGACAGGGCAAGUGGUCUUCAGUCUAGACUUGGUUUUGGAAUUGGAUUGUUUCAAGGGCUUACCAACCUAGCUCUUAAUGGUCUUGUAUUGAGUGUAGUCUACUAUGGAGGCUAUCUUUUGGCAUCCAACGAGGUCCAAGCCGGUCAACUCAUGUCCUUUCUGGUCGCAUCACAGAAUGUCCAGCGAUCACUAGCAGCCAUUUCAAUUCUAUUUGGUCAAGCGGUCAGAGGGGUCAGUGCUGCUGGUCGAGUAAUGGAGUACAUCAAGAUGGAGCCAAGUAUCCCCCUGACUGGAGGCAAGUGUAUCCUAUACCACAGUCUCUAUGCUAAUGUAGAGUUUGAUGGUGUGACCUUCAGCUACCCUUCAAGACCUCAACAGACGGUCCUAAAGGACUUCAGCCUCAGUUGUCCGAGAGGUAAAGUAAUAGCGAUCUGUGGACCAUCUGGUGCUGGCAAGUCAACGGUCACCGCUCUGAUGGAGAGGUUCUAUGAUGUCACUGCAGGAAGUAUAAAGGUUGAUGGGAUAGAGGUCACUGAACUUGACCCUAGCUGGUUACGAGGAAGAACUAUAGGCUACAUCAACCAGGAGCCAACAUUGUUUGCUACUUCAAUCAGGGAAAACAUCAGAUAUGGGGACCCACAAGCUACAGACGUAGAGGUUGAGGAAGCAGCCAAGUUAGCGAAUGCUCAUGGUUUUAUCCAAGACUUCCCGAGUGGAUAUGAUACAGUGUUAGGUGAGCGAGGAGCUACAAUAUCAGGCGGGCAAAAGCAGAGGAUAGCAAUAGCUAGGGCUUUGAUUAAGAGGCCAUCCAUAUUGAUUCUAGAUGAAGCUACUAGCGCACUGGAUGCAGAAGCAGAGAGACUGGUGCAAGACACUAUCAAUGCUGUGUCCAAAGGUCGUACAGUACUCAUAAUUGCCCAUAGACUAAGCACUAUUCAGAAUGCUGAUGUCAUAGCUGUCCUGUCAGAUGGCAGAAUUCAAGAGAUUGGCAGCCAUACAGAGCUAAUGAAGAGGAAAGGCAUGUAUGCAGACCUAGUGCAAAGACAAGCCUCUCAUGACCAUUAACCCCUUGCUUACUGAAUCCUCACAUUGCCCAUAGUUUAACACAGGAACAACCGGGUUCCAGUAGGCAAGGGGUUAAAGUGGGUGGGUCGGUCGGCAGUUUCCAUGUGCAGAAGGUCUUAAUUCACUAACACCAGACUUGGUGGAAAUACAAUAAA